GGGACCUGGUGUGCUGUCGUCGCGCCUGGGCCCCUCCGGGCUACGCCGCUCCCCAGCGCUCCGGGCUGCUACGCUGGUCGGAGCCCUAGGCCGCCUCCACGGGGACCUCUGAGCACGCAUGGACCUGCCCGCGCCCGGCGGGAAGCGGCCAGGCUGGAGGUGGCCGGGGCGGCGGGGCAGGGCCGAGGCAGCGGGCCCGUGAGCGCGCGCCCUGCAGGCCCGGCCGCAGCACCAUGAUGCCCGGCGAAACGCACCCGGCGGCGCCCGGGCCGGCCGACCUCGCGCGGUGUCAGGGUUGCGCCUCCCUGCAGCAGAACUUAAAUGAAUAUGUUGAAGCAUUAAUUGCCUUGAAACAGAAAAUUAUUAAUACAGAUAACCUGCUGACGGAAUAUCAGAAGAAAUGCGACGAACUGCAGUUUGCAAGAAGAGAGAACAGCAUGCUGCAUCACCAAGUGGAGCAGAUGCUUCAGAAAAUCUCCCCUCUGCAGAAAUGCCAAGAGGAGCUGGACACCUUGAAAGCAGAGCUGGAGGAGAAAAAGAGUUCCCUGAAGCUGUAUCAGAACACUCACCAGGAAUAUGCUCGUGUGAAAGAAGAAUGCUUGAAAAGUGAUGCCCAGAAGAAGAAGCUGGAAGCUAAGGUGAAGAAGCUGGAAGAGGCUGCUGUCAAACACACUCAGGACUUCAAGCAAUUGAGAAGUGAAAAGAAAAUACUUGAAAGGGAGUUUAAGAAGACACAGGAAAGGUUUGAUGAAUUUUCCAAACAGAAAAAUGAGAAGGAGUUGAGACACAUUGGAACACAGAUCUCAAGUGACUCUCAUGGAAGCAUAGAUAAAAGGAAGGUGAAAGUUCUCCUGAAAGAGCUGUGGCUCUGUGUGAAUGCGGCUCACAGGCUGUCUGGGGAGAGCGGCAGGCGCAUCCCAGAAAAACCUGCCAAAGAAAACAGUGUAUCCAGAACUUCUGGGGAAGAUGAGUUGCUCCCAGUGCAAGGCAGUCCUGCCAGGACCUCUGAUAUGCGUUCUUUCUUCACCAAGUUGUCUAUGGAGAUGGAGGGUGACUUUACUUCCUCUGAAAGUGCAGAAGAAGAGCAGCCCAGUGGAGCGAGCCCUAGCACUGAGCAUGCUCCUCAUGAAGAGAGUCAUCCUGAAGUCUCGGUGCAGAGGCCUGGUGAUGGCAACAGUGACGUCAGCAGGACCAACAUCUGUGACCAUGAACACUUUUUUGACGAUGAUCUGCAAGCUGCAAUUGACUUCUUCAAACUCCCCCCUCCUCUUCUGUCUCCAGUGCCCUCGCCCCCUCCGAUGACAUCACCACACCUAUCUUCCUCCCUGGCACCUGAAUCCUACUUUGGAGAGUUCACAGAUUCCAGCGACAGUGACUCCGCCCCACUUAGAACCUCUGUGGAAUCAGCAUUAGAAGAAUACACAGCGGAGACUCAGCGUUACUUGGCAUUGCUUGAAAAACUUAAAAGGAGUGAUACAUGCAUGGAACAGCCCAGGUUACAGGAAGUUGCCCCAACUAUAAACAAACUGGCACCUGUUGGAUUUGAUACCAGAAGAGUAGCACUGGGAGAACCCUCGGCCACAUCUUCUCGUCGGGGAAGGCACUGGAUAGCAUCCCCUCAAUUUGUGAGGGACAGGAGAGACAGGAGAGACAUCGUAGAAGAGGCAGAAGGAAAGGUAGAGGCCCGGGAGAUGGGCAAACCUGUUCGAGGUGGGAAAGGGCUGCUUAAGCACAACAGGCGAACGUGGGUGGAGAGGGCGUCCAGAGGCUCGGCAAGAAAGAAGGUAGCCAGAGCUGGGUCGGAGGCUGGCUCUUCUCCCUUUGGCAAGAAGACAUUCAGUGAACUCAGAGGAUCUGAAGGAAAAACCCUGUCAUCAAAAGCAUUUUGCUCACCCCAGUCGGAAUUUACUAAAUGGACACUCACUGGUGAAUUUGCUUCCAAGUCACACCACAUGUUGGGUUCUGGCCGUUUUCAGAGAAAGGAAAAAGAUGCGCAGGAGUCUAUUGUGGAAUCAGGUGUUCGUGCAGCUGCAGCAGGGCGUGACCCUUCAGCCAGUCUUCCUUCCUCUUCUACCUCGGUACCAGUGUCUCUCUGCAGUAACCGUAAGGCAGGUACCCCAGCAGAAGUACCCUGCACAGACCUGCAUCGUUCUGAACAGAAGUCACCAACUAGAACUUCAAACACAUUUCUUCUGUGGUCUGAGCCACCAGCACGUUUUCCAAAAGAAAAUGACCCGGAAAACAGCUUGUUUGCUUCGAGCACCAAGUCAAAAUUAGGAGCAUCUACAUUUAGUGAUCUGAAGAACAGGGGCCCGGAACCUUUAAACAUUUUUAAAAGCAGCACAGGGAAGGCACACUCAGUUUUCCAGUCAGUAUUUCAGAAGCCAACGAGAAGUGGGCAGUAUGGAGGUCAAGGCCGGAUUACACUGCCUAAGUCCGACUGGACCUCAUUGGCACAUUCCCAGGCUGGCUUCUCCAGGAGGAGCCCUGGUUCUGCUGAUAGCACAUCAUGGCACCGUAGUGAUAUACUGAGGAGAGGUGGCGAGGGCAGCCCUCGAGCUACCUCGGAACACCAGCAAAAGACCAGGCUUCAGCCAGAGAAGGCAGCAUCACCCUUACAGAGCAGCAGAUUGACAGCUGUGCUUGGACCUUCUGGAGAAAGUUCCAUCCCUCUGGGACUCAAAGCAGCUGCUGCUUUGCUGCCAAACCAAGUGUCAGUCAUAACAAAGCAGGCAAGACCCGAGAAGAUGCAGAGUAGCAACCUGGAACACUGGCAGCGACGUGGGAGCGCACCGAGUCCUUCCACAGACAGUGAUGAGGAGACAAAUGCAUCGUUAUCAGAGUGUGAUGGAGAUGAGGAUCCCAUAGCACAGGGCACUGAGGAGACAGCUGGUGAGGAAAGCCCUUCUCCAGAAGUAUCUCUAAGUGACUCCAUACCAGCAGAGAAUUUGGGUUCUUCUACAGAUAAGUUACCUUUUCCCUCUGAAGACAGCCUCAUCCAGAGCCAGUGUGUCAUGAAAGAACCCCUGCCGGAGCUCAGGAAGUCUCCCCACACUACACAGUCGGGGGCCAGUAGUCUGGAGGCUGAGAAGCUGCUUCCAGCUGAGGUAACAUCCAGAGACUGUUCUGCUGGACAGAUGCCCUCUGGAGCUCAUCACCAGGCAAACACUGAGGCCCCUGCAGUUGCAAGAGAUUCUCGUAGUAUUCCACAGAACGCCAGUACACCUCCCACAGUGCCAAGCAGGCCGCUUCUCAGAACCCAGGUCACCACCAGCCCUGUCUGUCCUUCAGAUCUUGGUAGUGCAGAUGAGGAAACACGGAAUACCUCCCAAAGCAGUCUUCCUGGGGCUUCCUACUGCUACACAGGCGUCCGAGAGCAGCGAGAGGACACUGAGGUAGAGGACGAGGCCUUUAGCUAUAGUGAGGGAGAGCAUGAGGCUGAAGCUGUGACGGGACACCAACAGCAGGAUGCAGCGGGAGACUCACAGAGACAUUUGGGAGACCCAGAGGCCAGGGUGGAUGUGGCUGGUCGUGCCUCAGAUGUAGGUGAUCUGACCUCGGCACUGCAGGAAUGUAACCUAAGCACCUUUCUUUACAUAGACAAGCUUUCUACGUCAGAGGUGGUUAUGUUUCUUGAAAGUUGUCAGUUAAGGGAUUAUAGUUCGAGGGCCCCUGUUUCAGAAGGUUCUAGCAGAGGCACCCUAAAUGAUGAAAUGAACAAAGAGUUCAAGCAGGGCGAAGUCUUCAGAGAGGACCAUGGGAGGAGAGUCAGUGAAGAAAUGCUCAGAGCCUCCCCGGAAGAGUGGGUUGCGUCAGGGGGAGACAACUGCCGCGUCAGGAAUUCAAGCCAGCAUGCUCAGGGUCCUCUGGAGAUGCCCUCUGAUAGUCUCACCAAGGCCACAGACGAACUUGAGGCAAGCCCCGGGGACUGCAGUGGGACAGAUGCUGAGCACGUGUUGCUCUUAAGGACUCAUCACAGCCAGGCAGCUGAAGAUCUGGUAGAGAACCCCCGGCCUGAGGAGACACCCAGCUCCGUGUCCCACACUGCAGAAUUGCCUGCACCAGCCGCUGUGGAUGCUGGAGGCAGCUCCCCCCUAAGUGGCAGGUCUGACCCUGAGCACCUUCCGAGCACAUCUGAGGAUGGGACCAACAAUGAGGGGUGCCCCAGCACUGGGGAGGAGGGCCUGGCAGAGCCUGGCGAGCUUCUGGCGCUGAGCUCUGACUCUCCACCUCCACCAAGGACAGAGCAGAGCUCAGACUGUGUGACAGAGACGGCAUUUCGCUAUCAGAUCUCUGCAGUGACCUCAGAAGUUAUAAGUGUACUUAUAAAUAAGGAUCAGGACCUCGUGAUUGAGAAGGGGGACAACUGGACUAUCAUCAGUGGCGUCGCCAUCUCCCCUGGUAUGGAACAAGUCGUUCUGUGUGACACUCUGGAAGCUUUUGCUCCUCAGGACCUGGGAGGCCUAGACAGUGACUCUGUGGAGAAGUCCCCUGAAGCCAGUCCUGCCGGCCCUCUGCCUCAAGGGUCUCCGUGUGGCGGCGGUUUCUCUGCUGCCCAGGAGGAUGUUUCCAGUAGUGGCCAGAGUGCCAACUUUGAUAAGAGUCGUCUUCGGAACAGACCUGUGAAGCCUAGCAUCUGGAUUCGUUCUCAGAUAUAUGACCAGACGCUGGAGACUGAGAAAGUUGCAUCUGACCACACAUAUUAUAACUGGAAAUUAGAACCACUUGGUAAGAAUAAGACUCGAACAAAGAUUUCCAACAAAGAUCAAUCAAGCAAACCGGCAAAGACCCCGGGACUCACCAGCGGGGAAGUGCAUCUGAAUGAAGUCCCUCAGCCAGUGUCAGGGGAAAGAACAAACAGGAAAAUGUCAGGAAGCCAAGCUCAGUCCACCAUGGCAGGUGCGGAUAUGCCCACCCCUGCCAACUCUUCCCCUGAUACUCUGAGCAAGAUCCGGCAAGAAGUGGGGCCUCCAUUGCCUCCUUUGCUCCCCCCACUGAUAGCCACCCCUCCGAGGGCAUCACGGCCACUGUCUCCUCUGAUACCGAGUUCUAGUCCGUCCUCACUAGCCUCACCUGCUGGCCGUGUCUCCCCGUUGCGUGAAGUUGCAGGGCCUCCUGUGCUGUCUCCAUGGCCUGAGGAGCUCCAGCAGCCCUCCCUGCUGGACCCCUCCCCGUCCCCAUCGGCUGCAGCAGCCAGCGGAAGGGUGGUGUCUUCUCCUUUGCAGUUCUGUGCUGCUACGCCAAAGCAUGCGCUGCCCGUGCCUGGCCGCCUCCCAUCCUGUGCGCCCGGCCAUGCUGCUGUGAGUGGGCCACAGGAAAACUCCGUUAAGAUCCUCGACACGAUGUACCCAGAGUUAUCUGCCAGGGCCCGGACCCUCAGCCUCCUCAAAGGGAACAUGCAACUGUCCCGAGGCUCCUCCGUGGAUGGGAAGGUGUUGCCGGGUCGUGUCAGUGCCCUGCUGGGACUCAAAGCCAUCACCUCCACGUCCACUGCUUUCGUCCUGACGGGGGGCAGCUCCGGUGGUGACAGUAGCCAAGGUAAGUCACAAGACUUGGAUGCACGGCAGGAUGCAGGUAGGAAAAGAACAUUGGCAGCAUCCAUGCUGAGAAGUGCUAAAAGACUGCGGCUGGACAGUGCGUCCCCGGAGCCGGGCACCAGCCAGGUCACUGCAGAAGACGUCCCCGAGGAUCCCCCCGGAGGAACCACACCAGCCAAGCUUGUCCCAGCUGAGGAAGAGCACACUGCUGCCCUGGUCUGCAGCCCAGCGUCACAGCUGCUUGUCAACCCGCGGGAGAUGGCAGAGUCCUAUAAUACGGCCAUCACUCGGGCUCUGAGGAAGAUCGCCGAGUCCUCCUUUGACCUGCUACCUGUCAUUCGUAGUCACGUGUACGUGGGAAACAUCUCCAGAAAGCCUGUCAUGAGAGAUCAAGAGAAAGAAGUUGUUUAUGAAUUUAGCACCACAAACAAGCAUUUAGGAGAAUACUUACUUCGCUCUAUUCUCUCAGAGCUAAAGGUUCAGAAGACAUCUCUUGACCACAGUUACAUCCAUGCACUGUGCAGAGUAUAUGUGGGCAUUUGUCGGCAACUUGGAGACUUGGAAAGAGCUCGCUUGUUCUGUUACAGCCUUCUGAAAGAAGAUUUUCCGGAAUCUGAGAAGUUGACUCUGUUCAUUGCCAACAUGUGGCGUGAAGUGUUUCUCUCCCAGUCGGCCGUCAGCGAGGCCAUGCAGCUGGUCGCCCGGCAGCGGGCCCGAGGGGAGGUGCUGAACUGCUUGAGGGCAUUCCUCAGCUGGGAAAAGAAUGCUCCUAUAGAUGUUGGAAUCGUGGUUUCUAAGCUGCUUUUGACCAUACAGCUAUGCCCCAAAACAGAAUUUCAGUCCAGUGAAGAGUUUGGUGAAGACUUAAGUGCAAACAUUUGGGAAUACAUAUUUGCCAUUGAUCUCCUCUGCUGCCACCAGAGGUGGAUUUGGACACAUGAUAACAUCAUAAGUAAGGAGCUGUGGCCUGUAAUGGACAAGUGGAUCAAGUACAGGAAAGGACAUUCGAACAUUGCAUACACCCCUGAUGUCAUCGUAGCGUCUGUGCUGAGACUGAUCGGUCGAUUAGGCCAGUUGGGUUUGAAGGAAGGAUUUCCAACUGCCGUGAAGAAUAUCAGCUCGGUUAUUGGUAUGUUCAUACAACAUGCUCAGGACGAAGAUAUCCCAUGGGGUGUACAGCUUGCAGCUGUUUAUGCCCUUUGUGACUUGAGUCCUAGCAAUCCAGCAGAGAUAUCCAGGAUCCUGGAAGCUUGGCGAACACAGACUUCCAACACCAUUCCAUCUGCAAUCGUCAGCUGCCUGGAAGAAGUUGAAUCCCUGGGUGUUGAGCGCUCAGCUGGCUCCGCAAACACAGGAGACUCUGCACCCUAAGAGCUGGGCUUCAGCUCCCCCGAGAUGAGAAGGUCACCUGACGGUCAUGGUCACUGUGCAGAGAAGUGCCUUGACACCUCUCGUUGUGAAGGAUUGACCUGCCUUUAGCUAUCUGAGGUCCAGCGGAGAAAGGCAUCCAGCAGAGGGCAGUGCAAGGCUCUCACGUGGACUGUGCACCGAUGGCCAGGCUGAGGCGAUGGCCAGGCUGAGGCGGCAGCGGAGCCCUGUGGGCUGUGUACAGAGGGGCAGCUCUGGGGGGGGCGGGGGGUGCAUCCAGACAGUACUGUCCAUGAUGUGUCUCACAUUGGCUGAUAUUCCACUUCCGGAAUUUUUGUAUGUGUAUAUAGAUAUGGGUUUAAUAACUUACUGUGAUUCCGAUUUGUCUUAUAUUCAUCAUUUCUUAAAACUCUUGUAUGUGUUUUUAUAAUAAAAAAUAAAAGCAAGCCAUAUACACUGUUGUUCUGAUUAGUUAUGUGCGAUGCUCAGUAUCUCAUGUCUGGUGGGGAUGAAGAUGUCUCUCCGAUUGUGGAGUCAAAUGGUUCUCUGUAGGCUUCGCUGAUCCUUUAUAAUUGAUGCCUGUAAAAUCGCAUUGACAAUGACUCUGGUGACUCACCCUGUUCAUUAAGUAGCUUUCACAAACAUGAAUGAACGGUUGCUCCUUGGGAAGAUCUUCUUUACUGCCUCCUGACUGUGCUGUGGGCUGGAGUGGGGUGCUCAAGAAGCCUGCGGAGACAUUCUCAGCUCUCUGACCUGUGACUGAGAGAAAUCUAAGUCAUCACCCACUCAGCCUGGGUAAAGUGAGUGCAGAGAAGUCAGCAUGAGAUACGUGGGUCAGCUGAGGAGGUGAACGUGGAGGACCCAGAAGGAGGGCAUCAGCCUAGAAGAUGGAAAGGUAGCAUCCUUCCCGGUGCCGGAGAAGCCCUGCUGAGUGCCAGAAAGUGCCUGGUCCCAACGGAAAGCGAUUGUCCCUGCGAUCCUCCUUGACAGCAGCCGCCAGAGCUAGGCCUGGACUACAGGUCUUGGUGGAAUCCUGGGCUCCGAAGGUGUGAUGGCGGCUGUUGACUGGGGCUGCUCUAGGAAAGGAGGCUCAGCAAGUACAGACAAGAGCGGACUGACCAGGACCUCACAGCCCGGGGCCUCAGGGGACAGGUGCAAGGCACUGUGGGUGGCCGUGCAGGUGGUCAGGGAGAUGGAUCUCAAGCCUGACCCAGAGGCAGGGACAACGUGCUGUGGAAGUGUGUGAGGACCAGGGUACUGAGCCCCACUAGGUUAAAUGGCCAGGAAUAAGUGCAAAGGCUUGUUGGGGGGGGGGGAUCACAGAUGCAUGCUUUCCCUUUGCCUGGUGAACAAGAUGUCCAACCAUUGGUGGCCUGGAGCCUCUAUAAGCAAAAUUGUAUUAGAGGUCAGGGCAGAGAUUUGGGGUAACAGUAGCUGAAGGAGGCAAGUGCUUCCUUGACUCAUCUAUAUUCAUAGCACCCCAUCUCCCUUCCCCUCCCCUUUGUCCCAUCUCUUUCUGCUCCUCUAGAGAGAACGGUAGCUUCCCCUAGGUCCUCCAGGAAGGCACAGUAGAAGGAAGUGCUAGAUGGGAAGUGAGGCGUCAGUGGUGAGGUGGCCUGUUGAGACAGAGCAAGCAGGGAGCAAGACCAAGGGGGCGAGUCCAGUGGUUGAGCACCUCUGGAAGUUUCUGUGGACAGUGGCAUUUUCCAGUCUAGUCGCACCAGCUCCAGCUCGGGCUGCCGUACUUCUUCUAUCCGUGGCACAUCUACAAGGACAGAAGCCGCCCAUCGUGCUGUAUGGCUCUGUUGGGGUGAGGCAGCUUCAGGCUGACACUGAUUGCUGGUGCCCAGCAGAAUGCAGGCUGAGGCUUUAUCAUCCGAACUGAAAGGUGGAGCUGGGUCGAGUCACAUGGGCAUGACUGCUGGUCCUCUGUGGUCGGGAGCUGACCUGUCAGGAGUAACAAGGUCAUGGUGCAAUGUGUCCUUGAAGCUGUUGUACUGGCCCAGUGAAGGUGGUCGUUUUGUUUUUUCCUCAUUAUUUGUAUAAAAAUAAAAUGUGGCUGUGCAAUUUAUCAAAUGCAACUGUGGCAGGGGAAUGUUUUUGAAUUGUGGCCACCAGGGGGCGCCGCAGACCAGCGCAUAGGCAGAGGCGGGUUACUAGGAGUCUGCCCAUCAGGAAAGCCCCCUUCCACUCCUAGGCGACUAGUUUGCCUGCCUGGGCCAUUGUUUCCACAGUACGUGGCAGGUGAAGGGGGUGGAUGACAAGGAAACAGGUACAAAUAAUUUUAACUGUUCAGUCAAAUCCUCGUUGGUGAUUUCUAAAAAUAAUCAUAAAAUAAAAUGCUUUGGGGUGAAAGCAAACGUGUCCAGGUGGGUUAGCGGCUGUGGCAGUGACCGGGGUGGGCAGGGCAGACGUGGCACUCUGGCCUGACUCAUGAGCAGCACAGAGCCAUCCAGAGGACAAGGGCUUCUCAUCAGUCUUGGACAUGCACUCCUGUGGGAAGCAUUUGGAAUGUGAAUAGCGGCUAUAAAUGUGAAUUAUCCACUUGGUUCCUCGAGGCAGAGAGAGGCAACGAUUUUAAUGAGAUGGUUCUAGAGAUUGAUUUUUCUAGAGCCAGGGAGGAACCAGUGUGUAAGCCAUUUCCUUUCUGCUUCCGUCUACCUGUCUGACACUGUGGUGAGUGUGAUUGUGAACCCUGGACACUCCCUGUCCUGCCUGCCAAACAAAAUAUUAACAUGUUUUUAUAUCAAGAGAUUGACAUCUUAAUGUUUGUAUGCUGGGCCACCACUCUUGGGGGUCAGUUUAUUUACUGUUAGUAAAUAAUUCAGAUUGCAGAUGAAGAUAGAUAUGAGUCACUGGCCAAGGAGGGUUCUGUGGAAGGAUGUUAGGUCUUCAGCAGGCUUAGCGAGGAUCACCCCUGGGUGUCUCAUCCCGGUGCCGACCUCUGUACUGAGAGCCCCAGCCACACCCCAUUUCUUGCUGGGAGCUCACGGCAGCCUAGAUCUCUGAGGGACGAAGACUGUGAAGAUGUCUGAGUAGGUUCAGUGGAAGCCUCACUUCAGAUGGAGACUGAGCCACCUAAUGCAGAGGAACAUGUCGGUGUCAACGAAGGAAGGACAGUCAACGUGAGCCAGCGACUGAUGUUAACUGGAUCAGAAAAGACUGACUGUUUUCUCUCUCACAUUGGGACAAGACAGAAACACCAUUCAGCGUUGUUCUGGAUUCCUAGCAGAGGAAUCAGACUGACAAAAGAAGGAAGAAGCAGUGAGACUGGAAAAGAGGAAGGUCAUUGUCACUGCAGAUAAUGUGACCUUAAGUAAGGACCUCCAAAAGUGUAUUGGGACUAAAGAAUUCACAAAAUCUCAGAACAAAGAAAACAGCGUUGAAAAUUCAGUAGUGUUGCCUUUGCCAACUACAAGAUCUCUGAAACAAAUCAGGACAGCAAUGCUAUUUACAAUAGCCACCAAAACGGACAUGCAGAUUGGAAGGUUGCCCCUUGUUCAUGGACUCUAAGAACCACCACUGUAGAAACCGCUGGAAUCCACUGCAAUCUCGGUCAAAUGGCAGCCUUCACAGAACUGUACAAACACUAGUCUGAACUCUGCAUAGAACCAUAGAGACCUCCAAAUAGGAAAGCAGUCUGAGCAUAAAGAACAAUGUACAAGGAAGGCAUUGUGCUGCUGAACCUAGAACACUACAAAGCUGUGCUACUUAAAACAUCAUGGUGCCGAUGUAAAAACAGACUCUCGGAUCAAUGAGACAGUCCCCAGAUAAGCUCACAUCUAAAUCAGCUGAACAUCAGCACAGUUAUAAAAGAAUAUGCAAUGGGAAAAAGUCAGCAAAAUGUGCUGGGAAUUGAAUAUCCACCUUUCACUAGUUUAAAGAAAAAGAAUUGGAAGCCAUAAAACAAGACAAGCUAUUCAAGGAAACAAAUGCUUCAGGGUACUGGAAGAGGUGGGGCUCUUGGGGGGCUAGUGUUUUGUUUUCUCUUUACCAGAUCUCAAAAGCACAGGCAAACAAGAAGGAAAAAUGGGUGAUGGGAAUCACAUCAAACUGAAAUGCUACUUAGCGAUGAAGCAGCCUGAAGAAGCAACGUAGAGAAUGGAAGACAUCACCUACAGAGUGUACAUCAACCCGGGCUAAUGUGGAGUGCGUACAAGAAGUGUGAAGAGUAGAACAUGAGUGAACAGUGGGAUUAGUUUCUUUUCCCAUCACCAGGAUAAAAACGCUGGACAAGAAGCAACGUAAGGGAGAAGGGGAGUAUUUCUGCUGGCAGCAGUCCUAAGGGACAAGUCCAUCGAGGUGGGGGAGGCGUGAUGUCAGGAGGGUGAAGUCGCUGGUCAUAUUGCAUCCACAGGAAGCAAAGGGUGCUCAGUGCGUAGCUCAGCUCACACUUGUGAACCCCCAGCUGGUAGAAACGGUGCCAGCCGCAUUUAGACUCUGUCUUUCCAUCUCAGCUAACCUCAUUAAUCUAGAUCUCUCAUAGACACGCCUAGAGAUCUGUUUCCAUGGUGAUUCUGAAUCCCAUCAAAUGGACAAUCAAGAUUAAUCAUCACACCCAUUAAAAAUGGGCAAGCUGCCUAAUGUCUCUCAGAAGACAUGGGAAUGUCUGAUAGAUACAUGAUAAAAUGCUAACUACUAAUCGCCAGAAAAAUGUAGGUCGAAAGUCAUAGGAAGCUGUCUGUCUCUCGGUCCCAAUAAGUGUGUCCUUUGCCAGUGAAACAGGGUAACGGGGCCAACGAGUGCGGCUAAGAGAGAACCCUGCCACACGAACUUAGAGCUAGUGCUCCAGUGAGGAUGGCCUGAACCGAAGCACAAAGCACUCCUGGGGCAUAUGGCCAAAGACAAUGGAGUCAGCAUGUUGCAAAGACAUCUGCACCCCCAUGUCCACAGCAGCACCAGUCACCACAGCCAGGACCACAAACAGCCCGUGUGUCCUCCCGCUGAUGGACUGAUGUGCAAUCAAACUGUAACUGCACGUGAGAGAAUAUGAUGUAUGCACACAAAGAAGGCAUCGUGUUGCUGUGACUGGAGAUAACUGGAUAUUGUGUUAAGUGAACUUAGGCACAGAAAAAAAAAAAAAAAAGCACCAUGAAGUAUUGGAGAUGUAGAAAUGUUGCUCUUCUAGAAGCUGAGAGUAAAACGAUGGUGACCAGAGAUUAGGGGUAGUGCAGGGAGGGAGAGUGCCCUCUAGUGAGCAGAUGGAUUCUAGGAAGAGGUUCUGGCCGCAGGUGGCUUACAACAGAGGGUGGCAAGGUGUGUCUCUGACUUAUCCAAACAUUGUACAGUGUACACUCACACCACACAGUUUCUCAUACAUGUGACUAUCUUACAAAUUAAAUUUUUAAAAUAUUAACCAACACCUCCUGGGAAGUCAGAAUUGGGUCCUGUGGUGGCAGCUGCUGGUUCUGUUGAGAGCAGCAGGACCUCUCCCAGUGGGCUGGUCAUCAAGGGAUCCCUUAGGAAAACCAAAUACGACUUCAGAAUGCAAACGUGUUCCUUGGGUGAUGCUAUGAGGCAAGUUUGCCAAAGAAACCAGUGUGUGCUGCCUGCUGCAGGGCCGCCUACGUGGUGAUGACUGUGCAUCCACCCCCGAUGGACACUGUGAGGUGUGGCUUAAGCAAACAGUAUGCGUUCGGAAUGUCUGUACCAGGCAUGUGGGAAACCUGCUAAGGAAACCUGAAGUUGCGCCGAGCACAGAGGGCCAGAGCACUCCUUCCUGGCCCUUUCUGCUUUGCAUUGGCAGAGACUGGAAUUCAGCCCUUAUCACACAGGCCAUUAUCCAGAGUCGUAUUUCCAGUGCAUGUGAGAUGUUUGUGAAACUUGUUUGGUAAUGAGAAAAUAAAUUUUCUGAGUUUUGA